GUGAUUGAAAUUCUCACUCAUGAGAAAGAAGAGUACCAAAAAAGGCACGAGGAGGAGCUGAAGAAACUGAAACGAGUGGCUGAAGAGGAGAAGCUUCGCCUCAAGGAGCAGUUGAUGAAAGGAUUGGAGGAGCUGGUAAAGAAACACACCACUGAAAUCAAGGCAGUACAGACCUCCAUGGAGCUAGAAAGAAAGCAACUGCAAAAGGAACUACACAAUCAAUUAGAUGCAAUUAACAUCAAAGUUAAGAACGAAAGACAACAGUUAGAAAAUGAAAAGGAGGAGCUUUACAACAAACUUCAGAACUCGCUACAGCAGAUUUCCAGGAUGGACAGCUUAAUGAAGCAGAGCAAAAAGGACACAGUACAAGCUGAAUCUUUUUCAACAAACAUGAAAGAGAGCCACGAGAGGUUACUGCAGGAUCAAGAACAGGCUGUUAACCAGAUAUCAGAGCUGCAGGAGAAACUGAGAAAGCAGAAGGAACGACAUGAAGCUUUGGUUUCAUCCCUACAAAAAGAACACCAUAAAAUGAGGGAUCAACUAUCACAACAGAUAGAGACAAAAUGGAAAGAAAAAGUACGACUUGAGAAUGACAAACUACGGGAGCAGUUAAAACAAGAAUAUACAAAUGACAAACAGUCUGCUCUAGCUCACCUGCAGCAGGAGAAAGAGAAUGAAACAAAAAUCUUACAGGAAAAGUGGCGAAAUGUAACAGUAGCACUUGAAACUGAGCUCACAAACAUGAAGAAGAACACACAACAACAAAUUGAGACUUCCCAAGAUGCUCUCCAGUUGCUUCAGUCCCAGUUUGAUAAAGAAAGAGAAAUGCUCUUGGAAAAAGUUCAGUGCAUCACGACAUUAAAUCAGGAUCUGAAAUCCCAGCUUCAGACCCUAAAGGAGCAGAUGCUGCGAAAUGAGGAAAAAUGUCAACAGCAUGAAAUAGCG